GCGGGACGUCGCUGCUGUCCAAACAUGGCCGUUAAGCAGUUUACUGCAGUCGCUACUGCGUUUGGCUGAAUUAGUGAGACUUUGAGGAAGUCAGUGGCGGUCAGUACUUCAGUAACAGGUGGUUAAUAAAAUGUAGACGCCCAACAGAGGCCUCUGUGUUAUCGUAGCGAGCUAAAAGUUGAGCGGUAACAGUAUUUACAAACUUUACUCCGUAGUUGACGCUAACUAGCGCGGGCAAGCUAGCACCGACGUCAACUUGUGUCAACUUUUUCCAAAGCAGCUAGCAUAAUCUGCGACCUGACGGAAAUGGAAGAGCGCCUUCGUGCAACCGAGCUUUCUGUAUGAUUAUUCUUCCGCUAAGGACGCUUUCGGGUCAACCUUCAGGCAGACUUUGACAUCUUGAAAGCUCAGUUUGAGGUGUUUUUCCACUGGCAGCGAACAAGCGCUUUGAAAAACGCCCAUCUAGGAAGCUCAGCGACAGGGCGGACAUAAACGAUGUUUUCUGUCAAACCCAUGAAACCAACCUUCAAGUGUUAUCUUCCUCCUGUGCAGAGUGAUGUGAAGAAAACCAUUGACCCACCCAUUAAAAAGUUGGAGCCCAAGCUACUUUCAGGGGAGAUAGUAGUAAAUGAGGUGAACUUUGUGAGGAAAUGCAUUAGUCCUGAAAGCAGCCAAGAUGACCUUUGGGGGAAGUUGAUAUGUACCAACUUUAAGGUCUCCUUCAUCCCUCAAGAUUCUCCAACUAAACAGACGUUCCAGCUAUCCCACUUGCUGCUUGGAGAGCAUGAUAUCCCCCUGACAUGUUUAGAACACGUAGUAACCGUGAAUGAUACGAAGGGGAAGAAAAAGGUUUUGGGCUCAAACCAGAAGCUCAAGUUUAACCCCACUGAGCUUAUCCUUUACUGCAAAGACUUACGGAUUAUAAGGUUCUGCUUUGAUGAGGCCGGACCCGAGAGUGCUAAAAAGGUUUGUCUUGCGAUUGCUCACUACUCCCAUCCAGCUGAUCUACACCUGCUGUUUGGCUUUGAGUAUCAGGGGAGGCGGUACCAUGAAUCCAAAGCUGAGCGACUCAAUGGGUCUGUCCCACGAGGAGGACUGCAGACGCCCAUAUUUGAUCGGUCAUCUGAUUGGGAUAGGGAGAUCAAGAGGACGGGCGCGUCAGAGUGGAGAGUGUGCUCUAUCAACGAGUUUUAUUACAUCUCGUCAAGUCUUCCAGAGUUCAUUGUUGUCCCAGUUUCUCUAGCAGACCAGGAUCUUAAGCAGUACUCUAUUUACUUUACUGACAACCGCCUCCCACUUUGGUGCUGGAAUCACCCCAAUGGAAGUGCUGUUGUGCGCACGGCCAGUGUGUGCGACCCAGUCCAGCAGAGGAAGAUUGAGCAGAGGAUCAUCACUGCCAUCACAAAAAGCCACCCACAGUGCAGUGAAGUCUUCAUUUCAGAUCUGGACAAGUGUCUGCCCAACAUCCAGGACAUCCAGAGUUCUUUCAUUAAAAUCAGACAGAUCUGCGUCAUUGAACCUUUUGAAGAGUCAGAGGAAAGGUGGCUUUCAUCCAUUGAAAACUCCCGAUGGGUCGAAUAUGUCAGAGCCUUUCUGAAACAUGCAGCUGAGAUGGUUUACCACUUGGAAGGGAGGAAUGUUUCAGUAGUUCUCCAAGAGGAGGAGGACAGAGAUCUGAACUGUCUGGUGUCCUCUUUGGUGCAGCUCAUGUUGGACCCUCACUUUCGGAGCCUUUCUGGAUUUCAGAGUUUGGUGCAGAAGGAGUGGGUGAUGGCAGGCCAUCGCUUCUUGGAUAGAUGCAACCACUUAAAGAAGAACGACAAAGAGGAGUCCCCUGUGUUCAUGCUGUUUCUGGACUGUGUAUGGCAAAUGAUGAACCAGUAUCCAGCUGCUUUUGAGUUCACAGAAGCAUACCUGACAGUGUUAAGUGAUAGCAUGUGGAUCCCGCUCUUUAGCACUUUCCUCUUCAGUUCUCCUAAACAGCGUGCGCAGUACUUGAUGGACUUUGCCAGAAAUAAAGCCAUCCCUCAAGGGGAGGACCCAGUUGUGUACUUCCCUCCUGUUUGGGACUGGUCACAGCAAUUCUCCAUGAAAGACCAAACCCUCUUCAAUAACCCCAUGUAUGUUGGCAAAGGAGCUGCCUGUGUUCUCAAUGGGGAAGUGAAAAGCUUUAGGCGCACAAAGAAAUAUGGUUCCAUCUUGCGAGGAGCUUCUGCAUCCCUGCGUAACGGACUGAAAGGUACAGAAGAUGUGUUAACCCGACGAGGCUCUCUGGGGUCCGAGCUAAAGCCCGAGUUCUCAGUGAUGAAAGAUGUGGUGGAGAGCCCGUCAGAGCGCUUCUUCAGGGAUUGGUUCUCUCGGCCCACCGACCAGCAGGGCCUCCUGAUUCCCCUGCUCACUCCCUCUCACUUGGCCCUCUGGAAGCUCUAUUUUCUUCGCUGGGUGCCAGAAGCCUGCAUUCCUAAGGGGGGCUCCAUCACUGCCUACCACAAGCUCUCCCAGCUGGUGGAUGAAAUUGAGAUGUUACGAGACCACCUCAGGCAGUACAAGGCACCCACUCCUCAUGGCACACCUCUUCCUAGCCCAAGAGGGCCCUCUGCUGACCAAAGGCGGAUGUAUUUUAAGGCAGCUUCCCCAAAUGAUUCCCCUCCAGAAUUCCUUUCCUCUUCCUUUCCUUUCACUCCUGUAGGAAACCUGUGUCGCCGCAGUAUCUACGGGACCCCCAUCAGCAAAUUUCUGAAUGGGGCGAGGAUCUGGCUCUCCACGGAGACGCUUGCUAAUGACUCCUUCUAAGGAUGUGUGCUUAUUUAAAUUUGUUACCACUUCCGUAAAUAUGCAAAUGACUAAUAGAAAAAUAACUUUUGACUUUUUGUUUAAUUCUUUGUAAGCUACAAUUUUCAUCAUUGCUGCUGCAUCAAAAUCAACUGGAAGUUCAACACAAGUUCAACAAUUUGGAAUGCAGAAGUACAGUGGGUCCCCACAUAUUUGUCAUUCAGCAUUUGAGAACCCCACAAAUUUGCAGAUUUUUUUUUUUAAUCAAAGAAAUUUAUUUUUUUUUGUGUGAUAUACCCGCCCAUUUGUGCUUUUUCAGCCCGAAAAUAUUAGGCACUUUUUUUCUGCAGAAAUCCAUAUCAUUCACCCUAAGUCUGUAAUAAUGUACUAAUAUGGGAUAAUAAAUCAUAAAAUGUCAGCAUUAAUGCAUCACCGCAUAAUACAGGCUACAGUACAGGGUGUGAGGUUUGAAUAACUGAAUUCUUUACUUUGUACCUUUGUAAUAAUUACAAUAAUUAGUACCUCUAAUAAAUGCAGUAUUCAUUUUUAUUGCAAAUGCUCUUCCGAAAUCAGACGAAGUCAACCUCAAGCUUGCAGGAAAGUUUGGAGGGGGAGGAGCGAGCAGGUGUAGCUUAAGAUGGCGUGCCUAUAUUUACUAUUUUUGGCCGUCUCAAUUACACAUGUUUAUAAAACAUAACACCCACCAAGAGUGGGGAUCUACUGUACACACCAACUUCAUACUGUGAAACAUUGAAUUUUGUAUUAUACAUUCAUUUUCAUUUUAUUUUCCUCUUAAAUCUGCUUUAAAAAUUUGCCUUAAGCUAACAGCUCUUUGGUAAUGUUGUACGACCUACCAAUGUUGCAUUUAGGGAACUUAUUGAGCUGUGAUGUCAUACAGUGGGAUCAGACUCGUGCCGCUGGCCUUCAGGAUUUCAAUGCCGCAACAAUGAUGCAUUUCAUCAACACUGAUUUCAAAGAUGUGUCCCUUCCAUGAAAUGUAUUGAAGAUCUUGAACUUGAUUCCUAAAUUCAAAGGAACAGAAUAUAACACUACUAAUCGUAACGUUAUGCUAAGUGGUGGAAACAAGAUGGAACUUCUUUGUUUGGAUGUAUUAGUGUGUGGGAGUAUGUGAGUUGCCUUGCGCAAACUUAAUGCUACUUGCAAGUUCUAUUGCUUGUAUUGGGAUAUUGCUGUUUUUUAGCACAUAGUGUGAAUUCAGGGUGUCAUUUUUUUUUUAGCUCUUUUUAUAGCAAAGAUAAAAACCUUUACACUUUCA